AGCGUUCACAUCACAGCUUGAGCCCGCCAUAAUAUUCUCAUAGGCCAUUGCUAAAACGUUAGCUGUAAACAAUUUUGGUUUGCCUUUGUAGGUUUUAAUAAAUUUUAUUAAAAUGUCUGAUGAUGGAUCAACAGCAGUGGAGAAAAAAGGACGUGGUAGACCAAAAGCUAAUGGGACACAAUCGGAAGCUAAAGGAGACUCGAAGAAGCGAGGCCGACCCCCUGCAGCUGCAGCUAAAACUAAAGAAUCUAAAAAUUCCUCAGAUGAUGAACAGGCACCUGUAGUUAAAAGAGGAAGAGGCAGACCAAAAGGUUCCAAAAAGAAGGCAGUAGCACCCAAAGCAAAGAGCGGUUCGGGUGAGGGCCGAGGUCGCGGUAGGCCUCGUAAAGAUGCACCUCCACCUAAAAAAGACGAAGCUUCUACUGAAGAGGAGCAAGAAGAUGAAGAAGAGGAAGAAGGCUCUGACCAGUAAACAUAUUUCUUUCUCACUCAACUCACUCUUAGUGUAAUUUGUUUGUCAUUAUAACCCCUGUGAUUAUAUUCUUUAUAAAAAUUAUAUUUAUGAAGGACAAAUUUUGCACUCCUGCUAUCACUAGGGGUUAUAGUUAUAACACAAGUCUCAAAUGAGAUCACUCCCAAAUUUUAAUCAUGUGAGACAUAUUUUAAAGAGAAAGUAAGUAUCAGAUAUAAGAUAUCCCUUUUUGUGAUUAUAUUGCAUUUACAACAUACAUUUUACUACAAUCUUGCAUGGCUAAACUUUGGGUAGAGUUAGCUCUCCCUAGCAACGUACAAGUCUAAGAUAUAAUUUGUAAGAUUCUUUUUUUGUAGAUUUAUUGUAUUUCUAUUAUAAUAAGUAUUUUGUAAUCUCCUGAUUUAUAUUGUAAGAAAUCAAAUAAUUUUGUAGAUUAUUCAUUUGAUAUGAAAGUCGAGUAUUAUUUUCGAUAAUAAAUAUUUCAUUUUGA